AUGUUCAUCCGUGAUGAAGUUACUAAUGUACUUGCCUCAGCUUGUAUGCCACUUAGAAAGUGGAAAUCGAACGAAUCUAAAUUAAUAUCUGGAUCCUUUCAGUCGCCAUUAGAUUUAAGCAUGGGAUCGGUUGAGCCUAAUAAACUAUUAGGACUUGACUGGUUCGCUAAUUCUGAUGAACUAGGUUUUUUAAUAGGUUCUAAGAUACCUGAAGGCAACACUAAACGUGAUUUGCUUUCAGCGAUUGCUCGCAUUUUUGACCCUUUAGGUCUAUUAUCUCCUUUUGUUGUUUCUAUGAAAAUGAUGUUGCAAAAAAUGUGGUUAGAUAAACUUUCAUGGGAUGAACCUUUAACUCAAGAAUAUAUUACAAGCUGGGAUGCUCUUGUCAAAGCUUUGCCUCUUUUGAAUCAAUUUAGAAUUCCCCGACUUGUUAUAAAAGAUUCAUAUAAGGCGUUAGAAUUACAUAUAUUCACGGAUGCAUCUGAGCGAGCGUAUGGUGCGUGCGCUUACGUCCGUUCUAUCGAUGGUAACAGCAAGUGUAUGGUUCGUUUAUUAAUGGCUAAAAGCCGAGUGGCGCCAAUUAAACCUACCACAAUUCCUCGGUUAGAAUUGUGUGGCGCCGUUGUAGGAGCUCGAAUUUAUGAAAAGAUCAUAAAUUCACUUCGGGUAAACUUCGACAGAGUUUAUUGUUGGACUGACUCGACUAUCGUAUUGGGAUGGUUACAGAUGUUGCCUUUUAAGCUUCAACCAUUUGUACGCAAUCGCGUUGCUGAAGUUUUAGACAAGGCGGGAAGUUGUAACUGGCAGCACGUCCCAACUGAUAAAAACCCAGCAGAUCUAAUAUCUCGUGGCGUGGAUAUUAGUACCUUGCAAGGUUCAGAUUUAUGGUGGCAUGGUCCUGAUUUUUUGAAUAAAGAUCCGUUCAACUAUCCUUCUAAACUUAAAUUUUUAAAUUUCGACACAUUGCCCGAAACUCGAGCUCAUAGUGGUUCUAAGUUGUGUUCGAAAUGCAGAUCAUACGCAUUCCGUGUGGUUCGAGCUCAAAAUAUUCCUAUUUCAUCUUCCAUAGUGACAACAAGAGUUCAUGCUUCAACAAGUACUGCCGACGACACCUCGAAGAGACCAAAUAUAUAUUUAUCAAUACCUCGUUGUCACAACUCUAAUACGUGCUGUAUAAUAUGUAAACGUAAAAGCUACCUCAUGACUGUACCGAAAGCAGCUCGAACUCAAGCAUUUAUCGAAACUGGAAUAUAUAUUUCUUCGGGAAAAAGAUGUUGUAAAACUCAUAUUACCGGAUUGAUAUUCAGUGAAUUGGCUUUGCAAGUUUUACGCCCUGUAAGUGAGAAUACAUUAAUGUGUGAAAAAGAUAUAAAAAGUCUUUUAAACAAUAUUAGAGAAGUAGCAAAGAAAAAAGGCCUUGAUUUUGACACACCAGGACAGCUUUCCGAGUCUGAUUAUUAUACUCUCAUGGGCAUAACCAUGUCUGAUUUUAAUUACAUUUUUGAACAAAUAAGGCCCAAAAUUCGUUCCUCGAAAACAAGGUCAUCUCGUACUUGCUUGGCAGUAUUACUUGUAAAACUUAGAAGUGGUGUCUCUAAUGGUUAUUGGCGCCACAAUUCAACCGAAAUCAAGAAACCAAGAGAUGAAUAUGCCUAUACACUACAAGACGCUGCCGCUGAAGGAUGGUCCAGUAGUGAUUCAGAUGAAGAAACCAAUAAGGAAAAC